AUGUUCCGGCGAGCGGUGCUCCCCUCCUUCCCCCGACUUCGAACCUAUGCUACCAUAGAAAAUACCCUCGUAUUUCCCAAACCGCCGCCGCCAGCCCCGGCACAGGCCGAACCCAGAAUAGACUCUGAACCUGCACAGAGCGCACUAGACCGCGUUCUCAUAGAUCAUCUCGUUCGAACACCCGCGUCCUCGCGGCCUUCCUUGAACAGUCUGAUCAAUCACUACCUGGAGCGCUCAGGCCGUGUCCUGCCCUCUCAAUUGCCGUACGAGUCCACGCCGGCUCCACAUAGACGUGUCCCGGACAAUGUUCAAGAUGGCGCUGUGCAACUCCUUGCCCAUGUAGUCAAAGAGGGCGAUAGGACAAAACUAUCGCUCUCGUCGGCUUUCGCGAUACAGCCUCAGUCCAAACCGGGUGUUGAGGCGCAGCCCAUCAUUGUAUCAUGCGCGCACACGCUGGAGGAGAUACGCUGGUCUCCUCUUCUUGUCCUCCCCGCGUCACUCCCGUCCGCUGUCGCACCAGAUCUUGAUCAUGUGCGCUCAUCGGCAUCUUUCCUUGUUUCCCUUGCCGCAGGCGAUGAGAGUAGUAUCGUAUCCCUUGCAGAAGGCUUGCAGCCGGCGGUGUGCACGCCCAUACAGUCGAUCCAGUCAUCCUUACACCGGUCCGACCUGAUGCUCGCAUCCUUGCCCGCGCAGACGCCAAAGCUUCGCACACUGCCUGUAUCCCCCUAUCCCGCGCAGACAGGCACGCCUAUCCGCGCGCAUCUCGUGUCCGAGACGAGGCCUUCUGGCCCCGCCGGUGAAGGCUGGCAGCCGUGGGUUGGAGGCUGGGCCAAAUGGGUUCGCGGACGCGUGCUCGGAUAUCGCGAUCUGGCUGGACGCGAGGCCGAGCCCGGCACGUAUGACGCAUUGUCACAUAUGCUUUUCGAGCCCCUCCCCACACCAGGAUCGAGUGGCGGGCCGAUAGUGAACGAGGAAACCGGCGCUGUCGUUGGCGUCAUGCUUUCAACUCGGAUGUACAAUCACGUUGAGGGAACUCGUGGAUGGGGUGUGCCAGCAGAGAUGAUCUAUGAAAUGUUCAGCCUGCCUGGCCUGAACCUCGCACGGUCUUGA